UAAUUUUUUGUUAUCAUACCGACUGUACAUUAAUCCAUGAUAAUUCGUUAGUUGUUAAACAGUUAACAGUUAUUAAAGUAUUUCAAUUAUUCACCGUCGUGCUAAACUGCUGUCGACUUCGUAUACUAUAUUUUUUGGUUUUUACGUUUGUUUGUCGGGACUCAGCGUGAAGACAAGAUAUACCUACCAGGUUUGACUAUGAAAAAUGUCGUCUUCGCAAGGAAACCACAUUAUUAAAGAUUCUCAAAUCAUUAAGUCGAUCAUGAAAGAUUUAGGAAUACGCGAAUAUGAUCACCAAGUCGUAAACCAAUUGCUGGAAUUUAAUUACAGAUAUACUACACUCGUUUUGGAAGAAGCAAAGGCUUAUUCAUCAUUUGCUAAUAAGGAUGAAGUUGAUGUUGAUGAUGUCAAAUUGGCAAUUAACUUGGCCCGUGACAAUGUAUUUCUUAAAUCUCCUCCACAAAAUGAACUAAAGAAAGCAAGUAAUGAAAUUAACAAAAAACCGUUGCCUGCAAUAAAGCCUGCUUGUGGAUUGAGAAUUCCUCCUAAUAGUUCAAAUUUCAUACAAGCAAAUUAUAAGCUCAAAACUGAUUUGAAUACCGUAAAAAGUGCUACGAAAAAAACCAUUAAAAUAACAGCUGCUGAAAUGUUAAAUGCGACUAAACAAACUGAUGCUAUUAGUUAUACUAAAACUACCACACAAUCUGAUCUAUGUAUGGAUGAUUUAACUGAUUUCGAUUUUGAUGAGGUUAUUGGAAGUCAGCAGAACAAUCAGAGCUAUCAGAGCUAUCAAGACUACGACAAUGAUUUCAAUUUGGAUUCCUUAUUUUGUGACUCCAAUUUAUUCUAAACAUUAUAUGCUAUAGUAAAACUUUUUUAUUGAGUUUAUACUAUAAGUUACAAAUUUAACCGGAACUAUUUUAUUUAAAUAUUUAUCAUAAUUCAUUAAAAAAAACACAUUUACAGUGUUUUUAUAAUUUCUAAUUUAAGUAAUUCUAAGUAAAAUGUUUUAUUUACAAAACUUAGUUUUUUUUUUUUUUUUGUUUAUGAUUAAAACAAGAUAUGUGACAUUUAAAAAUUAGAUAUUCAUGAUUA